AGGGGCGGGACGGGUUCGCUUUGCAUGAAACCGGAAGUAGGCCAAGCGAUCACAAACAUUUUAGCUUCGUUGUUGUACAAACAGCAUUUACAAAAACACGAAGAAAAAAAACCCAAAAGAAAACAUUUAGAUCAGACGGUUCAGAAUGGGAACUACGGCAAGUCAGCUUGGAAAGGACUCUCUGUCAGAAUACCAGGAGCUGACCUUUCUGACAAAACAGGAAAUUCUCCUUGCCCACAAGAGAUUCACAGAACUACAGAACAGAGAUGAGAGAAACCAGUUAAACGCCACCAGGGUUCCAAUGGAAAAGAUUCUUACUCUACCGGAGCUGAAGUCCAACCCCUUCAGGAAAAGAAUCUGUCAUGUAUUCUCCACAUCUGAAGCUAAAGAUGGAAGCCUCACGUUUGAAGAUUUCCUGGAUCUUCUGAGUGCCUUCAGUGACUCUGCCACUCUGGAAAUCAAAUCCCACUAUGCAUUCCGUAUAUUUGACUUUGAUGAUGAUGGAACCCUCGAUUGUGGUGAUCUGGAGAAGUUGGUUAACUGCUUGACUGGUGAGACCGAUGACACAAGACUUAACAGUGAAGAAAUGAGACAACUCAUUAGCAAUAUUCUUGAGGAGUCGGACAUCGACAAGGAUGGGACGGUGAACCUAUCCGAGUUCCAGCAUGUAAUUUCAAGAUCUCCAGACUUUGUCAGCUCUUUCAAGAUUGUGCUGUGAAGACUUGCUAGUGUGAUGUGAAAGUGUCAGCCUUUAAUUUCCCUUUAAAUUGUUUCAUUUUAAGCAAAAAGAUUUUACAUACUUGCCUUAAAUUAUAUUUACCUUUUGAAUUGUAUCACUAACAGUUUUAUGAAAAGGAAAAUGUAUCCUUUUUUUAACCUUUCUAAAAUAAAAAGUUUCAAAGUA